AUGAACAAAGUUUUGAAAUCUCAUAAACACAAUAUCUCCGAUAUAAAUGAACUUCAAGCUACAUUAGACAGUAAAGCUGACAAAAAUCAUACACAUAACUCCUUCUCAACUGUUAGAGCAGACGACAUAAUAUUGAACUAUACCCUUGGUUCAAGUGCACCUUUAGAGAAUCCAAGUACAAGCGUAAAAGAUACACUAAACUCCUUAAAUAACAAAUGUAUGAAUAUCGAAGGUCAUGUCAGAAACUUUGAAACACAUGAACUACCAGCAAUGUUAGAUAAAAAAGCAAAUAAGACUCAUACACAUACAAGUUUUACAACUGUUGCUAUAGAAAGUAUUGAAGGAACGGUUGAAGAAACUGGUGGGGAUGCAUUAUAUUGUAAACCUCCUAACUUUCCACAAGGUUUAACAUCGGAUGACGACAUAACGACGAUGAAAAACAUUAGAUGUAAAGAUGUUUAUGUCAUGAAGGAUGAACAUAAUAUUAAAUUCACUGCUCAAGAUUUAUAUGACAAGAAAGCAGACAAAACAGAGCUUCAAACAUUAAAGACAGAAAUACUUCAAACAUUAUAUCCUAUAG